ACCAAUAAAUAAAUAAAUAAAAGCACCAAGCUCUCUCUCUCUCUCUCUCUCUCUCGCUCUCUCCAAUCGACGUUCUUUCCAUCUCUUGUUCGACGAAACCGUUUAGCUGCUUUAAGAUUAAGAAGAAUAAGUCGAAGAAGAAGAAAAUCGGGUUUGGCCUUCCUUGGUCAUUCCUUCUAUCCUUAUUGUAUCAGUUGCCAUGAGGGCAUGCAUCUCUUUUCUCAAGUGUUUAUGACAACGAACGAUUUGAAAAAUGUGGAGCAGCUCAAACCUUCAAGAUCACAGCUGUUGUUGUGAAGUAAGAGUUGGAAAAUCAUGACCAAAAUGGGGAGCCUUGGCCGAAGGUUUAGAAACGGAUUUCUAAGAAAACCAAACGAGACUAUGAGGCUUGUUAUAUCAACUGUAGUUGGAGUUGUGUUAGGUUUCUUGAUAGGCAUUUCAUUCCCGACAGUUUCCUUAACAAGGUUCAACUUCCCAUCCAGCCUUUUCCCUUCCAUUGACCUGACAUACAUUGAAGAUAAGAACUCAGGCCGUUCAACCCAAGCAUUAUUAAACCAUGCUUUCACUUCUGCAAAAGGUCGCAAUCAAAACAGCUCAACCCAAAUUCCUAAUGUGAACAAUACUACAAAGAUAUAUGUUCCAUCAAAUCCUCAUGGUGCAGAGAGACUACCACCAGGUAUCAUUGUAUCGGAAUCGGACUUCUAUCUCCGCAGACUUUGGGGCAAGCCCAGUGAGGACCUUACAGUCAAGCCAAAAUAUCUUGUAACAUUCACAGUUGGAUAUGAUCAGAAAAAAAAUAUUGAUGCGGCAGUCAAAAAGUUCUCAGAAAACUUUACGAUCUUGUUGUUCCAUUAUGAUGGGAGGACUAGUGAAUGGGAUGAGUUUGAGUGGUCAAAGCGUGCUAUUCAUGUGAGCGUUAAGAAGCAGACUAAAUGGUGGUAUGCUAAACGAUUUUUGCACCCUGACGUUGUUUCACCAUAUGAGUACAUAUUUAUCUGGGAUGAAGACCUCGGAGUUGAGCAUUUUAAUGCGGAAGAAUACAUUAAACUUGUGAAGAAGCAUGGGUUGGAGAUUUCACAGCCUGGUUUGGAGCCAAACAGAGGUUUAACAUGGCAAAUGACUAAAAGGAGAGGGGACCAGGAAGUCCACAAGGAAACGGAGGAGAGACCAGGCUGGUGCACUGACCCACAUUUGCCGCCAUGUGCUGCAUUCGUUGAGAUCAUGGCAACUGUAUUCUCUCGUGAUGCAUGGCGUUGUGUAUGGCACAUGAUUCAGAAUGAUUUGGUUCAUGGUUGGGGUCUUGACUUUGCUCUUAGAAGAUGUGUUGAGCCCGCCCAUGAGAAAAUAGGAGUUGUAGAUGCUCAGUGGAUUGUUCAUCAAGUGGUUCCUUCACUCGGAAAUCAGGGGCAGGCAGCGAAUGGAAAAGCACCAUGGGAAGGGGUGAGAGACAGGUGUAGAAAAGAGUGGACAAUUUUUCAAGGUCGAAUGGCGGAUGCAGAGAAGGCAUAUUUUAAGGAGAUGGGAAUCACUCCACCCAAUUCCACUGCUCGUUAGAAGAUACACUAUAUGUGAAAAAGAAGCCCUUUCUUUUAUCUACUCAUCCAUAGUGGAGAACUGUCUGUAUGUAGUCGGUAUUACUGUAUUAGUUUUCACAGUAAUUCUUUAUUUCAGCUUUAAGAAAUGGGUUUAUGUAAAAGGCUUAGGUCGUGUUCGUACCCGCCACAACUAUGUUGACUAGUGAAUUCUCAGACUGACCACCAA